AUGAUGCGCAAAUCGCCCUCCGCUUCCAUGCAAAAGACCUACGACGAAUGCUACCUGAUCUGCUCCACCGCGAUCUAUUUCGAGGGCCAGAACAACGAAGCCGAAGCGUUGCGCGCCUGGCGGAAUGCCCUCGAUCAGAUCUACUACCACAAUGCCUACAAACUACCGGCCUCAUGGGUGCCCCGAUCCGAGACCGAAAAGGCCCUGCAUGACUCGCUGCGCGCCAUGGAGCUCCAAUGCAAGGAACGCGUGGAGCUGUUAGACGCGCUCCAGAAGAGUCGCGAAGAGGCGGACGAGGCGAAAUAUGGCAACGGGGACGACGCGUCGAUCAGUACGGGCUCGGCGGGAUCGUUGACUUCCGGUCAGGCGCGACCGGCCGCGGCAUCGACAUGGUUCAAACAAAACACCGCCCCGCCCGCCAGCUACCCGGAUCUGUCGCGGCCGGUCGCCACACCCGAGCGUCGACCGGUACAAUCUUCCAAACGACCGUCGUUCAUGCGCAAGGCGAGCUCGGAGAAAUCGACCCCGCGAGCGCACACCCUCAACGCCGCCGGGUCGCCGACGCCGCAGCUGACACCCCCGACGGAGGCCGCCAACGCCGCCCAAGGUCGGACGCCCAGCCCGGAGAAGAAGAUCGGAGGCAUGUUGAGGACGCUGCGCUCCCAGCCGAAGGAUCGCUCCUCGGCCAAGAUGCCGAGCACUCUGCGCAGCCAACCGGCGGCCGCGAAGGCUGCGACUCAGGUGUGGAACGGACAUGCGGCUCCCCCGGCGCAGCAGAACGGUGGGUCCACAUCGGCGGCCGCCCACCCGUCCGCCCCCGUGCAGCCGAAAUGGGACCCGUACACCAGAUCUCUCGUCGAGCGACCGGCUCCUGCGCGGGACUCGGUGAUGCAGCAACAGCCUGCUCCUCGGUAUGGCCCUCAGGGCUCCUUCAUCCGGCCGCCCAGCCCUUCGGAUUACCUGCAACGGCACAGCGUCAGCGCGGUCGAUGACUGGAGCCAGCCGCGGUCCCCCCCCAUCCCGCGGAAGGGCGUCAGCAGGGCCGACAAGAUUGCCAAUAUCCUCAACUCGACCGCGGAACGGCAGCGCUUGGAUAACACCAACUCGGCGCUUUCCAGCAAGCUGAGCUAUGACCCCAAGACCACCGGGAGCAACGUUCUGGACAGCCGGGCCCCGGCCGGCAACGCCGUGCACCGCGCGAAAUCGGUCAAAGACAAGAUCGAGUCGAGAGCCGUCCCUGCUCAAGCGAUCCCUCCGCCCAUCGCCGAGGUCGAGUCCGGCGGUGGCGACAACGCCACGGCAGCCCCAUCCGCCGAACCGACCGUCAAAUCCGCCUGGGAUGCCCGCGUGCAGGAGAUCAUGAAGGACCUGCCGUCGGGCGUCGACGAGAACGCCGCGAAGCAGAUCUUCACCGAGAUCGUCAUCCAGGGCGACGAGGUCCACUGGGACGACGUCGCCGGCCUGGAGGCCGCCAAGUCCGCGCUGAAGGAGACCGUCGUCUACCCGUUCCUGCGCCCGGACCUCUUCAUGGGCCUCCGCGAGCCCGCCCGGGGCAUGCUCCUCUUCGGCCCGCCCGGCACGGGGAAGACGAUGCUCGCGCGCGCCGUCGCGACGGAGAGCCGGAGCACCUUCUUCGCCAUCUCCGCCAGCAGCCUGACGAGCAAGUUCCUCGGCGACAGCGAGAAGCUCGUCCGCGCGCUCUUCGCCCUCGCGAAGCGCCUCGCCCCGACCAUCAUCUUCGUCGACGAGAUCGACUCGCUGCUGUCCGCGCGCGGCGGCAGCUCCGAGCACGAGGCCUCGCGCCGCAUCAAGACCGAGUUCCUCAUCCAGUGGUCCGACCUCCAGCGCGCCGCCGCCGGCCGGGACGUCGCCGGCUCCGGCCCCGACGGCGGCGACGCCACCCGCGUCCUCGUCCUGGCCGCGACCAACCUCCCCUGGGCCAUCGACGAGGCCGCGCGGCGCCGCUUCGUCCGCCGCCAGUACAUCCCGCUCCCGGAGGACCACGUGCGGGAGAAGCAGCUGCGCACGCUCCUCGCGGCCCAGAAACACUCGCUGCGCGACCGCGAUCUGAAGGUCCUGGUCGGCGUCACGGACGGCUACUCCGGCUCCGACAUCACCGCCCUGGCCAAAGACGCCGCCAUGGGCCCCCUCCGCUCCCUCGGCGAACAGCUCCUGCACAUGGCCCCCGAUGACAUCCGCCCCAUCGACAUGCGCGACUUCGAGGCCAGCCUGGUCAACAUCCGCCCCAGCGUGAGCAAGCAGGGCCUCCAGGCCUUCGAGGAUUGGGCGAGGGAGUUCGGCGAGAGGGGUGGAUGAGGGGGGGGAAGAAUAUCAGGCCAUAGUGUGGACUCAUCGCAUCACUUCUCGAUCAUGGGGAGGGAUGCGCCCUUUCGACCUCGCCGUCACCCCCGGAAUGGAAAACCCGAAACGGACGGAUCGGAACGCCGACGCGGCACCGGAGGGAGGGGAGGCAUCGUAUCUUCAGGGACGACGGGAGAGGGAAAAGAAAACGGAGAAAAGAAACAAACAUCCUUGCUCUUGUUUGUUUCCCUCGGGAAAACCUCCCCUUCCUACCAACCGAAACGGCUCCCUCGAGCAGAUUCACAUACAAUCAAUAAGUCAAUCAAAUCAAUCACACACACGUGAAAAGAUGAUCCCACCCCCAAAACAGUGUAAUGACCAUCCAUUCCUCAUUCCUCCACACACAUGAAGCCACCCCCACUCUGGGGCAGCAGUCCCCGUCAUCUCCUUUUCUUCCCCCCCCAUUUUCGUCGGUCGUAUUAAAGU